AUGAGUAUGAGUGCAAGCGCAAACGCCAGGCAGCUGCCAGGAACAGCCGCACCGGGGCAGCCGUACGCCUCGCGCCGUCUCCUCAUUUUCCAGGAGACGCGCAACCCCCAGAACGUCGCAGAGACCGUCUACCUCCCUGUCAACAAGCUGGGCUUGCCGAUUUGUGGAGAUGGGCCUGAGUUGCCUUCUAUCUUGGAGUUGCCGUUGCGCGUGCUGAGGGUUUUUACGGAUAUCUUCAAUCAGCCAAAAUAUAAGGGAUGGUCUGUCUUAUCUGCAGGCCCUUACCACGAUAUUUCAGAGGAAGGGAAAUUCUACGCUGUAGUUCUGGAGCAGGCGCUGAAUGCGUCGGGCCAGGCAUCACACGAGACUCAUAUGGGAACGCCUUGA